AUGCGACUACCAUUUGUCUUGUUGUUGGUUGUGUCUUGUCAUGUGGCCUCUGGGAAUUUAUGGAACACGAUCAUCGACCCAUUAAAGCAGAUUCCCAAAGCAGUAGUGGAUUCUGGUAACGCCAUUAAGGUUAGCAAUAGCAGUAUAACCAGCAAAAUUUGAUUAAUACGGUAUCCUCAUUUAUCGUUGAAUUUUCAGGACAAAGCUAACGAAGUUGGAAAAGCGGUUGUUGGUAACAUCACCACCUACGCAAACCCUCGUAAGAAACUACGGUAG